CGGGCCGGGCGGCGGGAGUGGCGCCUCUGGUUCCUGCCCCGCGACCCGAGGCGGCGGCGGCGGCGGCGGCGGCCCGGCGGCGCGGGAUGGCUUUCAUGGAGAAGCCGCCGGCCGGCAAGGUGCUGCUGGACGACACGGUGCCGCUGACAGCAGCCAUCGAGGCGAGCCAGAGCCUGCAGUCCCACACGGAAUAUAUCAUUCGGGUGCAAAGAGGAAUUUCUGCAGAAAACAGCUGGCAGAUUGUUAGAAGAUACAGUGACUUUGAUUUACUGAACAACAGCUUGCAGAUUGCAGGACUAAGUCUACCUCUUCCUCCCAAAAAAUUGAUUGGCAACAUGGAUCGUGAAUUCAUAGCUGAGAGGCAGAAAGGUCUUCAGAACUAUCUCAAUGUUAUCACCACAAAUCAUAUUUUGUCUAAUUGUGAACUGGUUAAGAAGUUUCUAGAUCCAAACAACUAUUCUGCAAACUACACUGAGAUUGCCUUACAACAGGUCUCCAUGUUCUUCCGAUCAGAGCCAAAGUGGGAGGUGGUGGAGCCACUGAAAGACAUAGGCUGGAGGAUAAGGAAGAAAUAUUUUUUGAUGAAGAUUAAAAAUCAACCAAAGGAACGGCUAGUCUUAAGCUGGGCUGACCUUGGCCCAGACAAGUACUUGUCAGAUAAAGAUUUUCAAUGUCUAAUCAAACUCCUGCCUUCCUGUUUGCACCCUUACAUCUAUCGGGUUACCUUUGCCACUGCUAAUGAAUCCUCUGCAUUGCUAAUCAGGACAUUUAAUGAAAAAGGAACUUUGAAGGAUCUGAUUUACAAGGCAAAACCAAAGGACCCAUUCUUAAAAAAAUAUUGCAACCCUAAGAAGAUUCAGGGCCUUGAACUCCAGCAAAUAAAAACAUAUGGACGGCAGAUUUUAGAGGUAUUAAAGUUUCUACAUGACAAAGGAUUCCCUUAUGGGCACCUUCAUGCCUCCAACGUGAUGUUAGAUGGGGACACUUGCCGGCUGCUAGACCUCGAGAAUUCCUUACUGGGCCUUCCUUCCUUCUACCGGUCCUACUUCACACAGUUCAGGAAAAUCAAUACGUUGGAAAGUGUGGACGUCCACUGCUUUGGCCACUUACUGUAUGAAAUGACCUAUGGACGACCGCCAGACUCAGUGCCUGUGGAUUCCUUUCCUCCUGCACCAUCCAUGGCUGUGGUGGCCGUGUUGGAGUCUACGCUGUCUUGUGACGCCUGUAAAAAUGGCAUGCCUACCGUCUCCCGGCUCUUACAGAUGCCAUUAUUCAGUGAUGUUUUACUAACCACUUCUGAAAAGCCACAGUUUAAGAUUCCCACAAAGUUAAAAGAGGCAUUGAGAAUUGCCAAAGAAUGUAUAGAAAAGAGACUAAUUGAAGAACAGAAACAGAUUCACCAGCAUCGAAGACUGACAAGAGCUCAGUCACAUCAUGGAUCUGAAGAAGAAAGAAAAAAGAGAAAGAUCUUAGCUCGGAAGAAGUCGAAACAAUCUGCUAUUGAAAAUAGUGAAGAGCAUUCAGCAAAGUACAGCAACUCUAAUAAUUCAGCAGGAUCUGGGGCCAGCUCACCUCUCACAUCCCCAUCGUCGCCGACUCCACCCUCUACAGCAGUGAUUCUUCUGCCAGGGGUCAGAGCACAAAGCUGAAAGGAAGAAACCCUGGAGUCCUCUCUUCUGGCCACUGGGUGAGAGUGUCUGGUAGGGGGCAUUGGCACCUAAGCGGGCAGGGCUCCCUUCUCCUGGCAUUUCACUGGUCACGUCCAGAAGUCCUCUUCAGAGGAACACUUCCAUCACACUCUCAUUCCACCUGGGUUUUUCAUCUCAACAGUCACUUCAGGUUUAAAGCCCUUUUUAUAACCCUGUGACAUAAAGUCAGGAACAUCUUCCCACAAUGGACGCCAGCACAGAACGUAAUUGCCCUUCAUGCAUUAGUUGUUAUCCAAUAGAUCAAUGAAAGUUACAUUUUGUUCAUUUGUCUGUAUUUAAUCUUUAUUUGUAUUGAUCACUGAGAAUCCCAAGGCUGCAGAGCAUGGGUGUAUGUAUUUGUGUCAUUCUUCAAUUUUAACUGUCUUAGGUUGGGGUAAAAGAUAUAAAGGAAGGUAAGUGGUUUUCUAUGAAUUACAAGAUUUCAGCUGUUGCCUGUCACAGUUGGUGGGAAGGAUAUGCUAACUUGAAUAUUUUCUGGGUCACCCCAAGCCAUUCAUCCAUACAAAUUCAUCCAUACAGGUGUCUUUCCUGUUCUCACUGUAGCUCACCACAGUGUGGGGAGCCAUCCAGCAGAAUGUCUCCCUGCUGUAGCCCUAGCAGGGGUAGAGGACAGGGCAGCAAUAAAUAGUAGAGUUCCAGGGAGACACAGGUUCACAGGACAUAAACCCACUAACCCUGUGCAUAGGAAAGUUCUGUAAGGUAGUGCUAUUUCUGUACUUAGUAUUUAUUUUGUCCCGAGAGAACAAUUCACUCAUUGAUUCAAAAAUAUGAAAUUCAAGUUGCAAAUAUCCAUGUGCCUUAGAGGUGGGCAUGUUUUAGAUACCUGUCUAGCUUCCCCUCCUUGCCAAGUAGAGCUCAGCAUUCUGGCCCCUCCUGAUGCACCACAGAGAUGCAUGUCUAGGUACAGUUCCAUUCAGUUCCUCAGUUGGACUACCGUGGAAAGAACAGCACUUGACAAGAGACUUCUCCCUGAGAAUGUCAUUGCCAAGGAGAGACCCCUUUAAGUGCUUGCUUUACACUGCUCACAAUCACUAGUGUUUUAUAUUUCUUUAACCCAACCCAGUAGAAAAUGACUCUUCAAGACAGACUCCUUCGGGGAAUGCAUAACCCAGCAGGUGCUGGUUCCUUGCUGAGAAUCCUCAGUGGUUUAUCAUUUUAUUUUAAAUCACAUCCGUCAAAAUACUGCACGUUAGAACCACUGAACUAGUCAUCCCUUUGAGUAAUUGGCAUUCAGGUAGCUCAGUGCUGUGCAGAAAGAUGUCUGCAUCACACAUCUAACUCAGAAUGGGUGGGGCUGCCCCAUACCUGGCUAAAGUGGCUGAUGGAACUCUUCUUUUGGUACCAUUACUUAAAUUUGGAAAAUGAGAUCAGCACCGUAUUUAUGUAGACAAAGGAUCACUGUGGCCUGGCAUGGUAGCCAAUGCCCGUCAUCCCAGCAACUCAGUAGGGCUGAGGCAGAUUGAAAGUCUGAGGCCAGCCUUGGCAAUUUAGUGAGAUGCUCAGCAACAUCAAGACCCACUCUCAAAUUUAAAAAAAGGAAAAAAGAAUGUCAUUGUGUAUGUUGCCAUGUAAUCUGUGAUAUUUGUUCCAACAGUCUUCUCAUCUGAUAUUUGAGGCAAAUGACAAUCUUAAUUCCCCUUUGAUGCUUCAGCUUUUCUGUUCAGUGUUUUAGAGAGUGGUACAGUACUGGGUAUCUUGAUCCCUCUGAGGAGAACAUUUGCAGUCUCCCCUCAGUCCUUUCCACCCAGGUCUGAGCAGCAGCAGUGCCCAGGGCUGGGGGGGAGGUGGAUACUGACUGUCCCCUUGCCU